AUGAAGUCGGCCAGCUCUCGCGGGGGCGGGUCUGGUGGCCGCGGAGGCUGGGGCGGGGGCUGGGGCGGGGGCCGCGGCGGGGGCUCGGGGAAGGGAGGCGACGGCGGGGGUAAGGGCGGCUUCGGGGCGAGGACGCGCGGCUUCGGCGGCCGGGGUCGGGGGCGCGGCGGCGGGGACAGCAGGGACCGCGGCGGCAGCGGGCAGCGGCGCGGCGGCGUGGCCAAGAGCAGGAGCCGCCGCAGGAAGGGCGUCAUCGCGGUGUCGGUGGAGCCGCACCGGCACGAGGGCGUGUUCAUCUACCGCGGGGCGGAGGACGCGCUGGUCACGCUCAACAUGGUGCCCGGCUUCUCGGUGUACGGCGAGAAGCGCGUCACGGUGACCGAGAACGGCGUGAAGCAGGAGUACCGCACGUGGAACCCCUUCCGCUCCAAGCUGGCCGCGGCYAUCCUGGGCGGGGUCGACCAGAUCCACAUCAAGCCCAAGUCCAAGGUGCUGUACCUGGGCGCCGCCUCGGGGACCACCGUCUCCCACGUCUCCGACAUCAUCGGCCCCGACGGCCUGGUCUACGCGGUCGAGUUCUCCCACCGCGCCGGCCGCGAUCUGGUCAACGUGGCCAAGACCAGAACCAACAUCAUCCCGGUGCUGGAGGACGCCCGGCACCCGCUCAAGUACCGCAUGCUCAUCGGCAUGGUGGACGUGAUCUUCGCAGACGUGGCCCAGCCAGACCAGUCGCGCAUCGUGGCUCUGAAUGCCCACACGUUCCUGCGCAACGGGGGCCACUUUCUCAUUUCCAUCAAAGCCAACUGCAUAGACUCCACCGCGUCUGCAGAGGCUGUGUUUGCUUCUGAGGUGAGGAAGUUGCAGCAGGAGAAYCUGAAGCCUCAAGAGCAGCUGACCCUGGAGCCUUAUGAGAGGGACCAUGCUGUGGUCGUCGGGGUCUACCGGCCCCUUCCCAAGAGCAGCAGCAAGUAG